AUGACAACGACAUCGCCGUCGAACGAAGACAUUGUCAUGGCUGAUGUUCAGCCUCAGCCAGCCGUCGCCGCUACUACUGCUAGCGCACAGCAAACAUCGCCGGAUGGCCCACCCGAUUCCACUCAUAAGCCGUUCUCUGUCCAAGUGACAUCAAGUAAACAGGUUAAACCCAACGCGAACCCAAACCCAAACGCAAAGGCCAAAUCCUCAUCUGAUGGCCACCGAUUAACCUUCCCGCGGGACUUUAUCAUCUCAGCCGAGGUGAAAGCCAAACUGAUCCCGUUCAAAGAGUUUAAGGAGCGAGGUAUCUGCGUCGAGCCGCGAGCUGACGAUCCGGAGGAGUUGGAGGUGGAUACGCUGGGUGUGCCCACGGUCGCCUUGCCCAAGGUGCAUGAUACGGAUAGGUGCAAGACGAAUACGAAGAGGAAGAGGAGGAGGGAGGAGGCUGCGAGGGAUAAGGAGCGGUUGGGGGGACGUGGAGGGUUGCCUUGGUGGGAGCAUUGGGAGGUGUCAGAGGAAGGGAGGAGGGUGAAGAAUCUUAAUUCGAAGGAAUCGAGGGUGCAAAAGUUGCUCGCUGCCGCUUCAGACUUUAAGAGUGGACGACCUUGGCCGGCUGGUAUUGGACAACAAACUGAUCCCGCGUAUAUUUGGUCGAAGUUUGAGAGUUACUUGGGAAUUGUGAGCAUUCCAGUCGGCAAGAAGAAGAAACCCAAGGUCUUUCGGGAACUUGACCAUGACAGUGAUUUCUCGGACGAGGAUGGGGAGGAUGGGGAUGGGGAUAACAAUCUUGUGGUAGGCAAGGACAAGAAGACAGUAGCGUUCAUUAAGGACCCAGUGGAAUCGACCAAGAUCUUCCUCUCGUCGUAUGCGCGAGCAAAGGGCAUCAUCUGGUCUGCGAUCAACCUCACCCAAAUGCCUCGCCUCAUGCAGUUCUUCCUCCAAUUCCUCAUCCGGUCUCGUGUCUUCCCCGAAUCCGAGACUGGCUUCCGUUUGGCGUUGGAUGUAGCCAACCAGGCUUUCAUCGAAUUGCCUCUGGCGUUCGAUCUUGGCGCUGAUCUCAGUCCAGAGCCUUUUGGAAAGGCGUGUCAAGCAGUGUGGGGAAGGAAAGCAGAGGGCUACAGGUCCGUCGAGCACGAUGCAGAGUUUCUGGCGAGCCUUGAGGAGCCGAGUAAGAUAACCGAAGUGGUCGAAGGUGCUCCAGAGGGAGAGCAGCAGGAUGGUGCACCGGAAGCGCCGCAGCUUUUGGACACCACCUCUGAAGGCUGGGUUCCAAGUCCGUGGGGCGCCACCGACGAAACUUCAGGAAACGAGGCUUCCGGCGGAUGGGGUAGCGGUGGAUGGGGAGCGCCUGAAUCCGGCGGUGGAUGGGGUGAAACAGGAGGUGAGGAUGGUGCACUGAACUCUUGGAUGACGGUGGAGGAAGACUCGAGCCCCAAGGUCGUGCUACCUGAUGCCAUCGGUCAGACUCAUACUACUGGCAUCGUCGAGCGAUCUCUUCGGAGGAUCAAGAACCUGUUGCCCAUCCCAGCCAAUCUUCCUCCACCCGCCGAACCCGUUGAUGGGGCGGUUCCUGAUGCUGCGGACAUCGAGGCUACGCUGGAGAGAGCUUACCCCAAGGUCGUUCUCACUCCGUGGCUUAACUGGGAUGGUGGCGAGAUGCCAGUCUAUUCAUCUCCCACCAUUCUCGAUACCUCUAAUGGACCGGUAGUCGAACCGCCGUUCACGGCUCGAGAUGCCUCCGAGGAAGCUCCUAAACUCGCACCUGGAGAAGUCAAGAAACAUGACCCGGGAAACGACGACAUCACCAUCUUCGUCGAGCCCUCUAUUUUUGAAAAGCUACAAAACGCAAAGGGCAUGGCUAUCGCGGGGACUUGGGUUCAGAUCGUCAGGAAACCUAAGGAGAAAUCCGACGAGCCACCCCCGGCGAAGAAGAAGAAAGGAAAGAAGAAGUCGGCUGCUAAUAUUUGGUACCUAGAUGACCUUGGUGGGAUUUUCCCCAGCUUUUGGACUGUGCAAGACUGA